AUGGUGUUUUCGAGGUCUGGACGAUCUAUUUUCCCGCUACUCCCGCCGUAUGGCGCGCAUGAUCCCAAUGGCGGUCCUGGACGUGCCGUACCGCUGCACCCCGAUGGUAUCACACCAUAUAUAGGGUUGCGAGCUCGUUUAUCACAAGUGUGGCUCAACCGUUGGACGAUCUUGCUCCUCCUUGUCCUGGUCCGAGUUUUGAUAGCGGCGACUGGGAUGCAGUCGGACAUGGACGUAGCGAAGCGCGAAGCCCAGUCUGCCUGCACAGCAGUUGAGACGAUGGGGAGUUCGAUGGCUUCAAUGCCCCAUUAUCUGUCUCAGGGAGUGAAUGAGCUCACAGCCUCUAGUGUUGAGGCAGCGAUUAAAGGCCUCAUAUCCAUGCUGCUGCUCACGAUCACUGGAGUCGAAGCGCUUAUAAUCUUUUUCAUCAAAGUUAUGUACCAAACAUACCUUUGUCUAUUCACGAUGGUUGUCAGAGGUAGCACUCAAGCUGCGCUCGGCGUGAUACAAGAUACCACCGAGUUCUUGAACAAAACAGUCCAAACGGUUGGUGAAGACAUUGGCAAAGCAGUCGAAACUUUCGAAUCUGGCCUUAACAAAUUCUUGAGCGGAAUUAACAAAGUUGCGAGCGCUUUCGGUGGGGAAGUGCCGAAGCUUGACAUCUCGAAGAACGUCGAAGAGUUGAAGGACAUCCACCUCCCAGGAUCAAUCAACGAUACUAUCAAUAAGAUCAACAGCUCCAUUCCCACGUUUGAUGAAGUUGACAAAUUUGUCACAGACGUUUUGAAGUUCCCCUUUGAGGAAGUCAAGGGUCUUAUUAAUGGGUCAUUGGGUAAUUACACCUUCGACCGCUCAGUCUUACCUGUUCCUGCGAAGGAGCAGCUGACCUUCUGCGAUGAAAACAACGGGAUCAAUACAUUCUUCAAGAAGGUUGCCGAAACCAUCGUAGCUGCUCGCAAGAUCUUCCUUGCAGUUCUAAUCAUCGCUGCAACUCUUGUUUGUGUCCCGGCAGCCUGGCAGGAGAUACGUCGUUGGCGCACCAUGAAGGAGCGCUCUCAGAUCGUGCGAAAGGAUGCGCAUGAUCCGAUGGAUGUUGUAUAUAUUGUUUCCCGCCCUCACACGGCAGGUGCAGGCAUCAGAGCAGCAAGCAGGUUUAGCAAUAGCCGCAGACAGAUCUUGGUGCGGUGGGUCAUUGCGUACGCAACCUCACCGGCUGCUCUAUUCGUCCUGUCCCUCGCCCUUGCCGGACUCUUCGCUUGCCUUUGCCAGUACUUGCUGCUAAAAGCUGUUGAGAGGACAGUACCAGAACUAACUGGCGAAGUCGGUGAGUUCGCCGAGAAAGUGGUCACUUCUUUACAAAACACAUCUGCCAAGUGGGCGAACGACACCAACAAAGUCAUCGAUGGCAUGAGCAAUGACAUCAACAAGAACGUUUUCGGCUGGGUAAACACCAGCACAACAGCCGUUAACGAUACCUUGAACGCCUUCGUCGACAAGACAACAGGAGUCCUCAACGACACGUUCGGAGGCACCAUCCUGUAUAGUCCACUACAGGACGUCUUCAAUUGCUUGAUCGGUCUCAAGGUGGCAUCUGUCCAAAAAGGCCUUACCUGGGUCCAUGACCAUGCCCACGUUGACUUCCCACAUGUACCCAACGAUAUUCUUUCCAAGGGUGCUGACAGCAGCAUCAACAACAGCACAAGCGCAUCCGACAGUUUCCUCGCGAACCCAGGCGACAAGACGUCCAACAAGAUCACCGAGGUUGUCAUGCGGGUCAUCAACAAAAUCAAAGAAGGCAUCCGGACAGAAACCAUCAUAUCGGCCUGCGUACUGGGUGGUGGCGUUCCCAUAAACAAUAAUCCAGAUCUCAAUGGCUUCACCGAGGUUCCAUUGACUGCUGUUCCCAAUGAAAAGGCCGCCUCGCAACCUGCUCCUCGGUAUGAGCCCGCCCAGGAAACCCCGCCCGUUGUCGGUCAUUUCUAUGAAGAUGAGAAGAUGGGAUACGCUGGUCAAAGAGCGCUCAAGGUUGAUGGGACGUCUGAUCUGCGUGGAAGUAGCUAUAUUGAGUAUGGGAUCGAGAAACGUUGA